UAAUUUCCGGCAAAUCCGAAGUGCGUCGUUCGGAUACGUUCGUAAACGGCGCUCAUGAAUUCGUGCGUUUCCGUUUCGCGCAUGAUCAUAACACAGAGGGAGUAGCAAGUAGCAUAACCCGAUUAGCCAAAGCCGCGGAUCGUUUCAUUUCGAGUCAGACCGUCUGCUCUCUCAAGUGGGAGUUUGUUGUCUUUCUGCGUCCGAGAUAUACCAUCGCUUCAUUCCCAUGUCUCCGACGUAUCUGACUCCGCGGUACAUCGUAAUGUACGGUGAAGUGUUCAUGUAGUAUUCGUUACAACCGUAGACACCAUUCACGAGCCAAACGAAGAUAUAUCCAUCCAUCCAUCCAUCGUCAUCGACCUGAAACAACCUCGUGGACUUGGUCAGUGAAAAAGGGCUCUCAAAAACGUUCACACAACAUGGAGCAGAAACGACUGUACAAAGUGGUGCUCACCGGAGGUCCUUGCGGCGGUAAAACGACCGGGCAGACGCGGCUGUGUACGUUCUUUGAGAAUAUGGGUUGGAAGGUGUUCCGUGUUCCCGAGACAGCGACUGUGCUGCUCAGCGGCGGCAUAAAGUUUUCAGACCUGAACGCUGAAGAGGCAAAGGGAUCCGUGUCGCGACCUUCGAUUACGAAGUGGUCGCAGAGACGUUACAGGAACAGGUCGGACAAAGGUGAAGCGAGAUGGCCGGAGAUCUUGGAGGUUGACUCGAGCGAGGCAUUCAAGUUCCAAGAGAACCUUUUGCGCACGAUGAUACAAAUAGAGAACACGUUCUUUCAACUGGGCGAGAGCAGUUCGCGAAAUUGCCUUAUAAUCUGUGAUCGUGGCGCUAUGGAUGCCUCUGCAUUUAUUUCAAAGGACAAGUGGGAACUUAUGAUGGCAUCCAACGGUUGGAACAACGUGGAGUUACGGGACAACAGAUACAAUCAGAUCAUCCACAUGGUAUCGGCCGCGAACGGUGCCGAAGACUUCUACUCGACCGAAGAUCACGUAUGUCGAUCGGAAGGCGUCGAGUUGGCCAGGGAACUCGAUUACAAAGCGGCCGCUGCCUGGGUGGGUCAUCCGUAUUUCGACGUGAUCGACAACUCGCAGGACUUCGAGUCGAAGAUUUGCCGUAUGAUCGAGUGCGUGUGCCAGAAACUGGGCAUCGACACCGGGGACAGAUUGCGAGCCAGCAGUCGAAAGGUCAAGUUCCUCGUCAAAGGUCCUCUACCUCCGGACAGCGAGUUUCCACCGUUUCAAGACUUCGAUGUCGUCCAUAACUACCUCCAAAGUAACAAUCCGAAGAUGCAAGCCCGUCUACGCAAACGCGGUCAAAAAGGACAUUGGUCUUACAUCCACACGAUUAGGCGUCCGAAGAUGUGCGGGCAAGUAAUCGAAGUUAAGACCCAGUUAACCCAUCGGGAUUACUUGAACAUGCUUGCUCAACGCGACGAUUCGCAUUUCACCAUCUUCAAACGUCGGCGUUGUUUCCUCAUCAAUAAUCAGUAUUUUCAAUUAGACAUAUACAGAGAACCAGCUCACCCGAGGUGCCGCGGAUUGAUGUUGCUUGAAACGUAUACAGCAUUAACUGGAGACGAGCUGAAGAAUAUACUACCACAGUUCCUGACAAUCGAGAAAGAGGUAACCGGUAAUCCGGACUACAGCAUGUUCAAUCUGAGUCUACGAGAAGAAUGGAACAAUACUAAUAAAUACUGCCAUAAUUUACACGAUUACGCUCUUGCAGGCUUGACGGAAUCUGGAUCGAAGGAUAAUAAAAAAAUUAAUACUUCAGAAGCGAGAGAUACGUUGGCUAAAAAACAUGUAAACGUUGCAAGUAACGGGGUUGGGUCUAGAGUUAAUGGUGUAAACGUUACUAUAAAUGGUGUAGAUAAAGUUGUGAAUGGCAUACAAAAUGGUGUCCACGGUGUUGCGAAUGGUAACGCGAAAUUCGUCGAGAGGAAUAGCAUAAAAAGCAAUAGUAAAGAACGCGAUAAUCCUACAAAAACGUUGAACAAUAGUUCGUAAGAGAAUAAAUGGAAGAAGAAGAAUGUAAUAAGAAACACAGAGAAUAGAUUUUUGGAACGAUGUAAAAACACGAUGGUACUGAAAUUAUUGAAACAAUUCCAAACUACGAGACGAAAUAAUUCUAUUGGCACUGACAACUCGAUCUAAGAGUAAAAAAAAAAAAGAAAAAAAACUUUUUUUAGGCAAUACGAAGAACGACAAAGUUCUAAACUUCAUAUUUUCUAAUUGAUCCUUGUAUAUGCACAUCUGGAAGUAUUUGAUGCGAAAUGUACUUAAUAUAAUUCGACUGUAACUUAUUUUUUACCGAUCCGUUUAACGAGUAAUAACGAUUAAUAAUACCGGGUAUUUUUACAUCUAAAUCGCUUCACUUUUCACUUUUCAUCUCUCUUUUACUUCGUUAUGUAUCUUAACGAUAGAGUAUUGUCGUCGUAACAUUUUAUUUAAGGGAACCUACUAUAAAUGAUUGUGAUACAAAAUACAUGUAGCGCAUAGCAUACAAAGUACUUAUUCAAGAACAUACGAUCAGUGUGAAGUAUACUUUACCUUUAGAAAAUGUUUAACAUUGUCUCUCGGUAGAAAAUUAAAUAUUCUGCACUAAUAUGAAACAGAGAAUUUCAAUUCAUCAAUUUAACGGUAGAAGACGAGCUGCUUUCGUCCCUGUAUUGUAGGUUUAAUUACAGUUUCUGCAGGUGUAUUAUUUAUUAGUGGUAUCACGUAAAAUGUUGAAAUAAAUCUAAUGUUUUGUCUUUUAAGAAUAAUGGUCGGGUAAUUAAAAUGAAAAAA